AUGCAUAUCCGCAUAUGCAUCGCCUGUCCCUGGGAGAGCACCGCCACCUGCAUCACCGCCCAGUCUAACCAACUUCCUCCCGGCUUCUUCCAGGACAUCGUGCAUCCUGUGGCAGCGGCCCACUCCAAUCGUCUCCCACGGGUUGCCCACGCAUCGUCCGUCAGAUCUCAGCAUUGUGACAGCUCGACCACACCAAACAGCGAGAUGCCCUGCGUCGACGACAGCAGCCAGCAGCCACCAGGACACUUGUUUGGCUCGGCUGUCGCAAGGGGACGAGCAUGGAACCACUCGAACCCCAAAGCAGGCUCUUCACUGAUCAUAGCAGGGACCAUCAACAAGAUUUUCCCGCACAUCACCUCUCGACGCGCCUGCAUGUGUGCUCCAUGCAUUAUGCUCCAUCUUCUGCUUGCUCCGGUGGCGGGAGAGAGCUAG